CUCAAAUCUUUCCUUCACUUCACCACCAUUUCAUCACUCCUCCAUCACCAAUCGACGCACUAUCCAUCGCGUUUGAUCUCCUUUUCUUCGCCUCUAUCACGCACAUAGUGUCAUCAGCUCGUAAAGUGCCUCUCUACCAGUAUUCUUCUCUGCACACGGCCGCUAGUUCCUCAGUACUGCCGCUGCCAGGCCGCAGUUGCCACCUCGCUGUAGAAGUCUUGUGGGCGCAAUCUACACUUAGCAGGAAGAGGAAGAAUUUGGGAGAAAGACUACACUCUUGCACUGCGCAUCAUCCUUCACUUCACCUGUACCUCGAGUCCGUAAGACGUCUCUGCCGUUCGAGGACUCCGUAUGCGUUGAUCAGCUCAACUCCACCCUUUUCGCCGUCUGCCACCUAGCCAGGGCCACUUCCUGCUUCAACAACUUGUGUCGUCACUGGCUGUAGGAAACCUUGCUGGGCCAUCAUGUCUUCCGCAGUAGCGGAGCUGGACUCGAUCCUGCAGUCCAUGCUCAACCUCAAACCGCCAGGAGUUUCAGGCUCAAAGAUUACCGCCAUCACCUCGCUCUGUACAGCAAACAUCCAAUCCGAGUCAGUCCUCAUCCAAAAGAUCUACACCCAUUUCAAGAAGACACCAGGAACACACAAAUUGGGGGUCCUCUACGUGAUAGAUUCCGUGACGAGACAAUGGGUAGAUCAAGCCAGAAAAUCAGGUCAACAACUGGGUAGCGGAGCUCCUGAUGGAACCUUUGCCGCUGGUGUGACUCGAGUGACUGAACUGCUGCCCGUACUCAUGAACGACAUCAUUGCUACCGCCCCAGAAGACCAGAAGGUCAAAAUCAGAAAGCUCUUAGAAAUCUGGGAGCGGUCGAACACAUUUCCAGCUCCGUUGCUUGCUUCUCUCAAAGAAAAGCUUGACGCGCCAAAAGUCUCAACCACACCUGAAGGAUCGCCCGCGCCUGGUUUCGUGCCACUCGGUCAUUCCGCUACCACUGACAGUAUGGCAGCAAAACCUCCACCGCAGCAAGACACCUCAGCUAUCCUGGAAGCCCUCAAGAACAUGGCAAAGCAGAAUACUGCGGCGCAGCCUGCGAUUCCAGCACCCGCUCAAACUAGUUUGAAUAAUCUGUUAGGCGCGCAGAAUGGGAUCCCUCUGACGAACAGUACCGUAAACCCCGGCCUUGCUUCCGCCGCCGCCAAUGGGCCGGCUGUAAACCAGCUUGGAGCUCUGUUCGCUGGAUUGAGUAAUGGUGCGCAAAGUCAGAGCCCUGCAAAUGUACCUGCAAACCCGCUUGCUGCUUUUCUUCCGCAACAAGCUCCGGCUCCAGCGGUGCCACAAAACCCUGCUCCUCUAAGUCAAGAUGCUCAGGCUCAGGCUCAAGUUCAAUUGCAACUCUUGCAACUGUUGGCUAGUCAAGGCGUUCCUCCAGACCAAUGGGCGACUGCUCUCCAGUUAUUGAACAUGCAGGCCGCGGGCGGUGCUGCUGCUGGUAGUGGUGGUGGUGGUGGUGGCGGUGCGAGUGCCAGUGGCCUUCCGUUUCCGCCUCCUGUUCCAGCAAGCAAUUGGGCAGGCCAGGUUCAAGCGCCCGGGCCGUCACGUGAUGCCCAAACCCGUUCCCCUCCGGGUCAAUAUCGACGCCGCUCACGCUCUCCUGGCUAUGAUAGACGUCGAGACCUGUCUCCAAGACGUCGCCGAGAUAGUCCGGGGGCGGAUGGAUAUCGUAAUGAUCGCGAUGGCAGGCGAGGUGAUUACCGUCAGCGCAGCCCCAUGGGUAGAAGACGACGAAGCACCACACCCCCCAGUGACUACAAGCUCCCACCACCGGGCCCGAAGAACGUGCAAUGGGAUCCAACGCUUCCAAAGGGUCACAUCAAAGUUUACAGUCGAACUCUCUUCGUGGGGGGAGUCACCUCGUCCGAAGCACAUUUGAGAGGCCUCUUCAGUAAAUUUGGUGUGGUUCAGACCUGCAUUGUCAACAUCGAUAAACGCCACGCUUUCAUCAAGAUGAUUAAUCGCCAGGAUGCGGAAAGUGCGCGUGAAGGCAUGGAAGAGUACAAGGUGGGCGAUAUGCAACUCCGCACCAAAUGGGGCGUGGGUUUUGGACCACGUGACUGCAGCGACUAUCAAACUGGAAUUAGCGUCAUUCCAAUUGAACGCCUCACGGAUGCCGACCGCAAGUGGCUGCUCACUGCCGAAUACGGGGGCACUGGUGGCGCACCGAUCCAAGAAGGCAUGGUUGUGGAAGAGCCUGACAUCGAAAUUGGUGCAGGGGUUUCCUCGAAAGCCAUGAGCCGACGCAUUGCUACUGAUCAGGGUGGACGACGCGGGCCUCAAUCCUCUCGCCAGCAUCCGGGAGGACGGGAGGACAACAGAUACAGAGACAAUGAUCGCCGAAUGGACCGAGAUGACCGGCAAGGCUCGGGCAACCCAAACAACAUUGGUGUCAUGCCGUCGAUGCCUUUCCCCAUGAAUUUCGGCAACAUGCCCAACGGAAUGCCCGGCUUCCCACCUGGAUUCCAAAUGCCCGCAUUCCAGCCACAAGGCAAGCAGGAUUAAACGCACGCUGACCGACAAUAUCGAAGCGGCCCAAAAAGGGAAAAGGCGUUAUGUCGUUACCGGUACAAAGAGUUCAUGGCUGAGGGACGAUACCCAAUCUACGUGUACGAUUCAAGCAUAUUCAGGAGUUGGUCACCAGGACAGGACAGCCCUAAUUGGAGGCGGUUGUGAUCGAAACAGUUUUCGUUAGGUAUUCAAUUUUUGUCCUGCAUUGGAAAUGCAGGCUUUUCGUAAGGGCUCCCCAGUUUCGCUAGCAUUCAUGCUUUGACAGCACACGAUCAAGGCGCGGAACGGGGAUUCACAUAGGCAGAUGCGAGGGACGAGGGUGUAUGUAUGGAUAAUGGAAAGGCUCUUUUACAAGACGAUGACCUUGUGUUGCUCACCGACAGCUCUUGACCCUGGUGGAUUGGUUACCAC